AAAUCGUACAUAAACAUGAAUGAAAAUAAUUAUAUUACUGUGUUUCUAAAGUUACUUAGGCUUCUUGUUGUUUCUAACUUUCCUUCUUUUCAAUUUUCUCUCUAUCCCCCUUUCUCUAUAUAUAUUCUCCCUGUUUGCUCUUCGGAUGGAUACCGUUACCAACCAGACACCACAGUAACAGUAAAGAUAGGAGACAAUGUAACUCUGAAAUGUGACGCAGAUUUAACAACUGACUUCAGGUCCAUCUCCUGGUUUCACCUAAAACCACCAAAACAUCUUCAAUAUAUUGUAGGAACUUUUAAAACUUCAGAAUAUGAUGGCUUUGGCAAACAUUUCCAAGCCAUCAUCCGCGAAGGAAUACAUUAUUUGCAGAUUUUAAACACAAAAGAUUCAGAUUCAGGAAUAUAUUACUGUGGUGCUAUCUCAGGACUUGUGGUUAGGAUUGGCAACGGGACUUCUUUGGAUUUCGAAGAUACUGAGUCGAGCUCUGAGAACGGACAAAAGCCGUCUUCUUGCGAUAUCCCCCCUAAUAAAGAAAACUGGAUGAACUCCGUGGUUGUUGGUUUGGGAGUGGCAUUAGGUGUGUGUGUUGCUGUGAUGACCCUUCUUAUUGCUUCACAUUUAAAGAGAUCUGUGUGUGAUCACUGCAAAGAGAUGACUCCUAAUCAACUGCACUGUAACAACCCUGUGCUAGAGGCACCUCAGGGAAGUGAUGCUGAGAUGAUGAACUACUCUUCUCUGCAUUUUUCUACAAGAAGAAAGAAGAGGGGAGAAAAGAAAAAGGACUUGCAACCAGAGGCUGUUUACUCUGAUGUAAAACAUCUAAAAUGACAAAGGAUGAAUAUUCAUUCAUUGAGAAGAGAAGUACAUUAGUGUGUAAUUAAUUUAAUGUUAAAAUAUACCCUAAACGUAUGGUUGUAAUUACAAGACUGUCCACUGUCACAUUGUCCAGAUUAAUGAAACACACGUA